CAGCAAAUAACGUCUCCUGAUAUCGAUGAAAAGUAAAGAAUACAAUUGAAGCUGAAUUAAUUAAAUUGAGAGUAAUUGCUGCGCCAAAGCAGAGGAGAGGCUCGGCUAUGCAAUAGUGUUCCGCUGGCCGGGCGCCAACGCACAGCAGCAGGAUGCACUUUUCGAUACCGGACACCCAGGAGCUGGGCUCCUCGCCCACCUACACCGCGUACAACAUACACAUCAACGGCACACACCACUGCGUCCUGCGCUACAAGCAGCUGCACUCCUUGAACGAGCAGCUGCGCAGGCAUUGCGUGGGCGUUCCUUUGCCGCCUUUCCCCCCUAAACGCCUCCUACCGCUCACCAAUGGUCAAUUGGAGGCCCGUCGAAGUUCCCUGGAACAGUACCUUCAAGCGAUGGGCCAGGACAACCGACUCGCUCGAUCUGCCCACCUGCAGCAAUUCUUGCAACGGGCCCAACUAGACACGGCCCUCGCCGAAGGCCACGUGGUAAGCGAUUGCGAGGAACAGCAGUUGGAGGUACAAGUCUACACGAAAACUGCGGGAGAACGGAUCCUGGUCAGUUGUUCAGUGCAACAGAACGCUAGUGCGCUUUUAAAGAACGUUUGCCGGGAUCUACAUCUUCCCGAAGAGCUGGUGCGAUUCUUCUGUUUGUUCCUAGUACGUCGACAGAGGAAAUCCGAUGAAUUGCAUUUGGUGCGACGCCUUAUGGACUUCGAGUCACCGUAUAUAACGCGUUUGCAUGUACAACCCUGCGAAUUAUUGCUCCGUACCUGCUACUGGGACUCGAGUAGAGAUGCCAAACUGACUGGGAGCAAGGUUGCCCUUAACCUGCUGUACAACCAGACCGUGGCGGAUGUGAGCCGUGAUUGGGUGGUCAUUUGCUCACCCAGCGAAGGUCGCCAACUGAGCAGCUUGCAGCUACAAGGAAGAUCGCGUGAGUAUAUGGACUUGGUCCGUCAGUUACCUUCCUACGGUUGCCUGCAAUUCGAUGAGGCUCAGGUCGAUUAUCCGGAGCCAAACACUAUGGCUGUGGUCAGCAUUGGCAACAAGGAAUUGGGCCUGCGCACAGCACGGGGUGCAAAGAUCUACGAGACCAAGUUCCGGGUGACACGGAUGCGAUCGUGGCGCGUAAGCGUCACCCAUAACACACUGGAAUCGCGUCUGCAGGCCUCCCACCAUCAGCUAGCAUUCGAGUAUCUAAUAAGCAAGCAGACUCUGCGUUGGAUAUCUAUCAAUAGUGAGCAGGCCAUGCUUAUGUCCGUUUGCCUGCAAGCUAUGGUGGACGAGUUGUUACAGAACAACAGCGGCGGUGGGAAGGCGGAUCCAAGCAGUGACGACGAGCAUGAGCAAACGGCAGUUACCUCGUCCACCUCAACGCCCAGUUCAACGUGUUCCACUUCGACGUGGGCAUCUUCAUCGUGUUCUACGUCAACAGCGCCCAUUACGCCACCAGUAAGGUUUCUUUCUGAGGAAACAACGCCUAAAUCCAAGCCUAGGCUGAUAACCUCCCGCACUUUUGGAGCUGUGUUCUUCCGCAAUGACGUUGCUGACAAUGGAGGAAGGGUGGCGAACGAAGCGUUUGAGGGUAUUGGAGAUGACGAUCUUUGAGUAAUGCUCGCCAUGAGUUGCCGAAAUAAAAAAGCCGCCAAACUAGAUUAAAUCCUAAUGAAAGUGUAGGUGCAAGCCAGACAAACUCAUAUGACUGGGGUUGCAGAUUUUAUAUGUGUGUAAUACAAAGUCUUUAUUAUCUCUGCUACUUGCAAAUGUUAACUAAGGUUUGCAAAAUAUGUUUUAUUGGACGAAAGCGCAAGAAUGUGGUGUAAGAAAAUGAAUGCUCAAGAUGAAUGGCAUGAUUUACCAUCAUUAUUUAUAUCUACAUGUUGAAUAAUUGUAAAUGAACUGUAAAUGGAAAUUUGACAACAUGUAUCUCCUUUAACAUUUCUUAUUUUGUAAUAUAUGUACGUGAAACCUUCUUUAUAUUAGUGAUAGAUGAAAAAUAUGUUAUGCAUUUAACGUAAAUUAAUGUACUGACAACUAUGGCAAAUAUAAUAAAUCCAACUGGGAUUUUUCGUAGAAAAAAUUAAAAAUGUACAUUCCCUUAUCUGUUGACUCACUUCCAAAUAAAUGACAAGUGUUUUAA